GUCUAGCAUCAGAGUGGGGAAAGAGCAUACAGCGCGAGGAGCGGUGUCAGCAGCACAGCAGCGGCUCCGGCAGAGGGAGGAAUCAAGUGGUAUACGCGUUGGGCUGUAUUAUAUCAUUCGGCUUUCGGGAAUACUUUAAUUUUCUUCUCAGAAGUUGGAAUGGCUUCUAACAACGAUAUGAGUCGACGAGUUGUACGGCAGAGCAAAUUCCGUCAUGUGUUUGGCCUGCCGAUGAAAAAUGACCAAUGCUACGAUGACAUCCGGGUGUCAAGGGUCACAUGGGACAGCUCCUUCUGUGCAGUCAACCCCAAGUUUGUUGCCAUAAUUAUUGAGGCCAGUGGUGGAGGCGCUUUCCUCGUCCUCCCUCUUCACAAGACGGGACGUAUUGACAAAUCCUACCCCACAGUGUGUGGUCACACAGGCCCGGUGUUAGACAUUGACUGGUGCCCCCACAAUGAUCACGUCAUCGCCAGCGGUUCUGAGGACUGCACAGUGAUGGUGUGGCAGAUCCCUGAGAAUGGCCUCGUUACGUCCAUGUCUGAGCCUGUGGUGGUGCUGGAAGGCCACUCCAAGCGCGUUGGGAUCAUCACAUGGCACCCGACAGCGCGCAACGUCCUUCUUAGUGCAGGUUGUGACAACCAGAUCAUCAUCUGGAACGUGGGCACAGGAGAGGCUAUGAUCAACCUGGAUGACAUGCACCCGGAUGUUAUUUACAACGUGACCUGGAACCGCGACGGUAGCCUUAUCUGCUCCGCCUGCAAGGACAAGGGCAUCCGUGUCAUCGAUCCCCGCAAGGAGACUGUUAUUGCUGAGAAGGAGAAGGCACAUGAGGGCGCUCGACCCAUGAGGGCCAUUUUCCUGUCCGACGGCAACGUCCUCACCACAGGUUUCAGUCGCAUGAGUGAGAGGCAGCUCACCCUCUGGAACAUCAAUAACAUGGACGAGCCCAUGACUGUUACUGAGCUGGACACCAGCAACGGAGUGCUCAUGCCCUUCUAUGACCCAGACACCAGCGUUGUUUACCUCUGUGGGAAGGGUGACAGCAGCAUCCGUUACUUUGAAAUCACACAUGAGGCUCCGUACGUUCACUUCCUCAACACCUUUGGCAGCAAGGAGUCCCAGAGGGGCAUGGGCUACAUGCCCAAGAGGGGCCUUGAUGUCAAUAAGUGCGAAAUUGCGAGGUUUUAUAAACUGCAUGAAAGGAAGUGUGAGCCUAUCGUGAUGACCGUACCGAGAAAGUCGGACCUGUUCCAGGACGACUUGUACCCUGACACAAGUGGACCUAAUCCUGCCCUGGAGGCUGAGGAGUGGUUUGAUGGCAAGAAUGGAGACCCCAUCCUCAUCUCCCUCAAGAACGGCUACGUCCAGAGCAAGAACCGCGACUUCAAGGUGGUCAAAAAGAACAUUUUGGAUGGCAAGAACACAGAGAACUCGAGCCCUGCAAACAAGUCUGCCUCCCCAACUCCAUCGAUUAAAUCUGAAGCCAAGCUGGAGGAGAUCUUGAAAGAAGUCAAAUCUCUCAAGGACCUGGUCAGCAGUCAGGAGAAGCGAAUCAUCAAACUUGAAGAGCAAAUGUCCAAAAUUGCCAUUUAGGGACCCUUUACCCAACCCGCUACAAUUCAGGACGUUCCAUUGGCAGGGGAGGUGGGCGGGACCAGUCACUGCCUAGCUCAAUGACAGUGUUUCGUCGGAGGCCUGCCUAGCAACGAUCCCUACCAACAUUCCAGAUGAACUUUUUCUUAGCCAGCCCCCGACCCUCAGUUUAACACAGGUGGAAUAAGGACGUGUGGUAAAUUUAGCAGAAAAUACUCUUUGCUUUUUGGUGACAAAGGACUCUUUUCCUUUUAUUGUGUGGCAGUCAUUUUUUUUAUUUUGUCUAGUUGUGUAAAAAAAAAAAAAAGGUCUUACAUAUUCCUUUUGCAUUUUAGAAAUAUGAUCAAGAAAAUUCCAAUGUCAAUAGUCCCCAUUUGCCAUAAUGCAUACCCAAAUAUUUUUUUAAGUAGGUAUCAGUGUUUCCCAAAAUAUAAUGUUGCCAAAUUUGACGUUUUGUUUACAACUCCUUUACAGUAUUUAUUUCUCUCUUUGUGGAAAGAGUCUAAAUGCAAACCGUGCAGUAGACUGGUUAUGUAAGGAGGUCAUCAAUACUAUGAAAUUAAAAUAUUUUAAAUUAAUUGGAUGGAUAUGCUCGAAAGAUUGACAUAAUUAGUAAUUAGAACGGAAUAAAUUCAGUUUGAAGACCAAUUUAGCUGCCACAGUCUACACCAAGCAUCCAUUACAUACAUGGCAAUUCCUGCUGUCUGUGUUGCUGCACAAAUUAACUCCUGCUUUCUGCCAUUUCUUCUCAUUCCUGUCGCUUCCCGUCAUUCAGACUGUGGACAAUAGUCCACGAAAACAUGCAUUCCUUUCUGUCUUGCUUCAUUAACAUGCACCGUGUGAUUAUUGGAGAAAAUGACAAACACAUUCCACAAAUCUCAUUGGCAGUUCUUUGUGUCGGGAAAAAUACUUCUAUAAAGUUCCUCUUUCUGUGAACACUGUACUGUAGUGACUCGGUUACACUGGUUGGUUGUUAUUGUGACAUCUAUGUGCUGCCCAUGAAAAGACCAACUUAGUGGACUUUCAACCUCAGCUCUGCUUUGUUUAUGUGACAGAUUCAGACACCGACCUCAGUGUUUUAGAAGUCAAGUGUAGUGGGAUUAUUUUUUGUCAGUGUUCCUUUGCGUAAUAUGCAGAAAUCUGUACAAACAAAACAGGAACUGACAUGAAACGACACAAAGUAAUCACACAUUGACUUGACUAUUUAAAACCUUCUGGUGAUAAAAACUGGAGAUUGCUACAGAAACUGUUCAUGAUAGACCUUAAAGGCCUAGAUUGUGUGUGAAUAUGUGCCUCGUGUCUUUGGUCUUUUGGGUACCUGUCACUAUGGUUGUUCCUGCUUUGUUUCUUAUUGGGGGAGGGUUAUGAAAAGGACUCGGAACGUCCAAGACUUGCCUCUAACUUGGAUGAAUUGAAUAGUUGGGAUAUUGCUUCACUGUUAAUUUUAGCCUGUUUCUUGUUCCAGCUGUGCUUAUAUCCCUCUUAGCACUUCCACUUUUUUUUGUGUGUGUUUUUUCUCAGUUGCCCCUAUUCAGUAUAGUUAUCACAAAAUCAAGGACCAUUGAAUUGUCCAGUCUGAGCUGGUUUGAUCAGACAACUAUGAAAAAAGCUCCCCUUGAUGUUUUAGAUUAGUUUUCCAGCGGGAAGCUGAGACGGGUAACGGUUCAGUCUGUUGUUUGCCUUCAAUAUUUGUUACCACUGUAAAGACCUGAAAGUGCCAUAGAGGUGACCAUGGAAGUGUUUGUAGGGGACUGUUGUGAGAGUAGAUGUGUGUAGUAAAUGGAAGAGUCGAUAGGUGCCCAGAUUUAAAACCACUUGCUAUACUUUUGCACAAAUAUUCAAAGGACCCUGCUCCUAAAGUACUGUGUCAUGAAGACCUGCCAAUCCAUCCCACAAUACACCAGGCGGCAUUACUGGUCGGGGUUUGCUAGUAAGCAAUGUGCCCCGUUUUGACACUUUCCAUCUCGGUACGGGUAUUCACAUCUUCAGAAAUUAUGUCAAACCGAGAAGCUGUCUGUAGCUUUUUUUGAGUCGACGUGGCAUCUGGGAUGCAAUUUGAGCAGCGAGUCGUAGAAUAUUAGUGACAGGAAAUCUGCGAGAGUCCUAGAGAAAUGUGUGUCAAGUUAUACUGCCCUAUCUUGUAUAUCAGACUGCCACUCGAUGGAUUCUUUAUAGCACUGUUGGCACGAGAGCGAAGUUUGAAGAGUAGUAGUGAAUAGCGAUCCAAAGGGACAUUGUAGGUUGGAGAAAUGUGCAGUUGAAAGAUAGAUGUGUGUUUGUAAUUUAGGUUUAGAAAACUGAGUGAAGGCUGUGUAAAUAACAUGACCAUGUUUUCUUCUUUUAUUUGAUUUAAUUUUUUGUUUUGUGGUUGUGCUGAAGAGGGUAUUUGUGUGGGAGGUGGGUUUUAAAUGUUUCCCCUUGUCUGUGCUCCCCGCACCUUGCCAUAAUGCAUCAUGAGAAAAGCAGAACCUCUGUUAAUGUCGGAGAUAUUCGUGAUAUUCGUGUGAAUAUCGAGAAAGAAAAUCAAACAAACGAACCAGGAUGAAGCCUCAUGUUGGAGGUCUGCUCAGUAUUUUUGUUCAUUAUUCUUGCUUCAAGUAUCAAACAUUGAUUAUAAGAAAAAUUAAUAAAGAAUUUUUAAAAUGG